AACCAAAAAUAAUUUAUAUUAAAGAAAGCGAAAAGAAAAAAAUAAUAAAAAAACUUAAGUGAAUAUUAAUGUUUAAUAUAAGAAAACAAUAUGUGCGUUUUUAAAAAAUGGCUACCGUUCCAAAAAUAUCCUAAUUAUCGGAUUAUUUGAUUUCGGCUACAUACUUUAAGUAGAAAUAAUAAUUUGCUGUAAAAAAUUGUUAUUAGGUCAUAUUAAGAAACAUGUUUUUAUGCUGAAAUUUAAGAAAUAAAACAAAAAACUGGAGGCCUUUUUAGUGAUAAAACUAUAGCAGACUUAUAAACGAAAUCCUUGGGAGCUUAAAAUUAAAUAAAUUUUGUAAUUAAAAGCUUGUCAAGGAUCAGUGACACAACACAAUGGAUUGGAGUUGGGCUGUUGGUGGUGUAACAAAUGAAACACCACGUACAAUGGGACCGGAAUGUGAAAAUUACAUGACCGAUCGUAGACGUUGGAUAGAAGCGGUUUUAUUUUGUAUUCUCUUCACAUGCAUUAUCAAAUGGGCUACGAAACGUAUGGAACCCAUACAAAUACCAGAUGCCAAAGAGCUCGAGAAACCACACUCAACGACACGUCUAAUGCUUUUGAUAUUUAUGACGUUUAUAUUUGGCAUAGAAAUGGGUUUUAAAUUGGCAAAUAGAUCUGUGAUAUUCGUUUUAAAUCCUUGUCAUAUCCAAACAUUAGUGCAAAUAUAUCUUUUAGCCGCAAAGCCUAAUAAAUUGACGAUAACAUUAUUUAGAAUACAAAUGAACAAUUUAAAUGGACCAGUUUUGGCUUUUGUAUUCCCCGAAGUCGAUUGCAGAACAUUGCCCUUCGAACAGGCAACAUAUUGGAUACAACAUGCCAUGCUAUAUAUAAUACCGGUCUACAUUAUAAGAACGGGAGCUUAUCAAGUGGAAGAUAUAAAAGACUUUAAUUGGGCAAUAAUAGGUGUAGAGACACAAUUAAUAUAUCAUUUUGGAGUUUUAAAUUUUUUUUCAAUACGGACUGGCAUCAAUUUAAAUCAUAUGUUAUGUGCCGCUGAAUCGGAUCCUUUUCAAGGCGAUAACUAUCGUAUAGCCGCUGUGAUACAUGAGUCAAUUCUUUGUCCCAUUUUAAAUAAACUGACUGUACUAAUUUUUAGUACACCAAAAAGUAUACAAUAUAGUACGGCAACAGUGCGUAACCAUAUGCAACAAAUUAAAAAACAUGAACAACAGCAACAACAACAGUAUACAAAGUUAACAGCAAAUACAACAACUACAACCACAUUACAUCAAAAUCAACCGGCCAUUAGUGAAACAAAAUAUUUUGCAGAUGAAAGAUCGAGAUUAGCAACAACAACAGCAACAACAAAUCUAAUACAUCGUAAAACAGCAAAUGCAACAGAUUAUCAACAACAUCAUCAUCAUCAUCACCAUUCACCACAACAUCAAUUACAACAACACUUAUCCGAACACGAAGCCAAGGUAGAGACUGUAUUUAAAGGUGAUUAUAUACUAGAACCAGACGACAUGGACAUGGAAGUCAUAGAUGCCUCAUCAACGUCUACUACUACUAAUGCUAACAUAACGGCUGAAUAUACAAUGCCCACGACUAAAAUUGAUUAGUAUUUAUAGCAAUUUCAAAGAGUAUUUAUGGUCCGACCGAUCUAAACAUUAGUCAAUAUUCGAAAAAAGGAGUUAUUCUUAAAGAAUAAGAAGUUUUAUUGGAGUUUUAAAGUAAUUUUUUUUUUUUAAUAUUUUCGAAUUUUUCUAAAUGUUCACAAAACUUUCGAUUCAGAACUAUAAAGCAUUAGAUUUUCCGAUUUUUCAUUAAAUUUUAAUGAAAUAUUUUAAAAAACUUUCGAUUUUUAAACAAAAUUUUGAAAUUGUCAAAAAAAGGAGUUAUUCAUAAAGAAUAAGAAGUUUUUUCUUGGAGUUUUAAAAAAUUUUUUUCAAAUAUUUUCGAAUUUUUCAAAACUUUCACAAAACUAUCGAUUAAGAACUAUAAAGCAUUAGCUUUUAAUUUUUUUUUUUUUUGAAAUCGAAUCGCCAAAAGUGUUUCCUUUGAGAGUGCAGGCUAACGAAAUUUGAUAAUUUCUUCAUAUCAUCAAGUAUGAAAACGCCCCCAUUCCGAGUGCAGGCCAACAAAAUUUCAUAAAAGUGGGAAACUAAAGAUACAUUUCUGAAGCAUCGAGCUCCCCUAAAAAUCUAAAAGUGCAAUAUACAAAUAACCUUCCAUAGUCCAUAGAUUCUGCUUUCUGAAAUGUAUUUUCGAUACGAAAACUUAUCGAUCAAGUAUUCUUAGGGCGAGUUUUUCUGAUAAAGAUAAUCUUCAUUCUUUGGUUAAACCUGGUUUAAUAUAUGUUUCGUGUUUUUCAGUUAUCAGUAAAGUUACUUAUUAUCUUAGUUUAAG